ACUUUUUGAAAUCUUAUCUCCUCUCCCUCUCUCUCUCUCUCUCUCAAACUCACAUCUUCAAAAAAAGAAAAAAUAACCAGAUCUCAAACUCACAUCUUCAAAAAAAUAACCAGACGGUGGUGGGAGGUUCUUGGUCGGCGGCGGAGGACGGUGGUGGGAGGUGGUUGGUUGGCGACGGAAGGCAGUGAUGGGAGGUGGUUGGUCGGAAGCCGGUGGUGGGGUGGUGGUUGGUGGGAGUUGGUCGGCGGCGGUAGUGAAAAUUCAACCGAAUCACUUCAUCUGGAACCCUAACGACAUCAAAAACGGAGAAAACCGAAUUAUACGAAUUCGGCGACGGACCCGGAGCCAAAUCUGACGGUGGCGGAGACCGCGAUGGUGGCGAUUUUCAAGUGUAAAAACGAACAAAACCGUGGACUCAAUAGUUGAUGGCGAGGUUUUGUGUGUUUGAAGAACCUUUCAAUUAUGAUUGAAAAUGGUAAAGAAUGUUUUGUUCUUGGUUCGACGGUGGGUGGUGGAUGGCAGUGGUUGUUUGGUAGAGUCCGACGACUUUAGGUUUCGGCACUUUGGAGGGAUUAAAUUAGGUACUGGAGGAUUAGUUAGGGCAUAUGGCGGAGUAGCAGCAGAAUGCUUGAAAAAUGCCCCUACUCAAUUAAUUAAAUCUCAAGUCCCUAUGGGUGUCGAGGUUACUUUCGAUUUUGGGGGUUGUUUACCAUCAGUUGCAGUGAUUCAAAGAUGAGGAAAUCAAGCAAGAUUAUGAUACUGGAAAACAUGGCAUAACAAUGGUCACCUUUAAAAUUAGUUUUGAUCAAGCUGAAGCAUUAGAGGAAGUUUAAGUUUUGUUGCGGCUUUGUUCGUUUUCUGUGGUGAUGGGUUUGAUGUGGUAGUCGAUUUUCAAGUGGUGAUGGGUUUCAAGUGGGUGGUCACUGAUUUAGGAGAAAAGAAUGGGGUGUAAGUUUAAGUUUAUAUGGGUUUCAUGUGGUGGUCGAUUUUCAAGUGGUGAUGAGUUUCAAGUGGGUGGUCACUGAAGGUUUUGGUUUUGUCAAUUGGUGAAGGUGUUCUUCUGAAGCCGGGUGUAAAAACAU